AAAGUUUUGUUAUAAGAAAGUCUGUGAUAAAAAUUUCAAAUGUUCAUUGGAAUAAGAGUUUAGAAAUAAGUUUAUAUCGUUAACUAUAUUAAUAAGACUGUACGCUUAUUUUUGUAGCCUAUUUUCAGAUGUGGGUGUUUAUAUUUUUAUAAUUUAAAAUGAACUUAAGAGCACUUGUAGCUCUUCUCGUGGUACUUUUCCUAAAGACAUCACAAGGGGACCAAAGGCUUAACGUAACUGGAAUUCGACUAACUGGUGGUACUGGUGCAUUUGAAGGACGUGUUGAGGUGAAUGUCAAUGGAAUUUGGGGAACGAUUUGCUCCAAAUCAUUUAACAUGAAUGACGCGAUGGUAUUGUGUAGGACGAUGGGACUUUCGGCGACGGCAUAUUUCUCCGCUACUUCAUUUGGACAGGCAUUCGGUCCUAUUUUUGCGGAACAACUGAGCUGUUACGGACAUGAGUCACAUAUAAGUCAAUGUCAGUAUUUUCCACGAUUUAGUUGUGUACAUAACCAAGAUAUCGGUCUCAUCUGUACAAAGUGUGGACAGUUUACCAUCACAAAUGGAAAAGUGACUUCAGUGUCGAAUAACGGACAAAUAUUGACCACAUCGUGCAACAGCGGAUACAGAGCUGACACAAACACUUAUACGUGUAGUGACAAUGGCAAAUGGUCCCAGCAAAGCGUUACAUGCUCUCAAAUAGGUUAUCCACUGAAUGUCACGGAUAUUAGAUUAGCCGACGGGAUAGGUAUACAUGAUGGAAGAGUAGAACUACUUGUCAAUAAUACAUGGGGGACAAUAUGCAGCCGUAAUUAUUUUGGUAGUAAUGAAGCGAGAACAAUUUGUUCAAUCUUAGGAUAUAGCGGCAUGUACACAUAUUUCACGUCAUCAUCACCAUUUGGAUAUGGAAAGGGUCCAGUUUAUAUGAACAAUCUUGACUGUACUAGAAUCGAAACGCAUAUCAACAACUGCAGUUAUACAGUUAAAGUAUCAUCGUAUUGUAGUCAUUCUUAUGACGUAGCAGUUAUUUGCCGAUAUGACCUAAACGUCACAGAUAUUAGGUUAGUAGAUGGUACAGGGCCACAUGAUGGUCGGGUAGAAAUCCUGAUGAAUGACACCUGGGGAACAAUUUGCAAUAGAAAUAUAGAUGACAAUGAUGCAACAACGCUUUGCAGGAUGCUUGGCAAAAACUAUACCCAUUUCUUCAACACGGCUAAGUACGGAAGCGGAUCUGGUCCAAUGUAUAUUGCAGACCUAAGCUGCUCAAGUAACAAGAAGCAUAUAAAUGAGUGUGCCUUCAAUCCACCAAAUCGCCAGACUUGUAAUCAUCAAAACGACUUGUCAUUAGUUUGUACAGUAUGUGGACCUCUUACCUUAACAAACGCUAUUGUGACGUCGUUUAAUGGUUCUAUUUUGACUGCAACGUGUUAUGAUGGAUAUUUACCAGGGACAUUAACGUUGGAGUGUUCGGAUGAUGGUACUUGGCAAGGAGAAUCCAUUUGUAAAUUACCAUACGAAUACCCCCUAAAUAUAACUGGCAUUCGCUUAACUGGCGGGAAUCAGCGAAGUGGUAUGGUCCAGUUGAGAUUUGACAAUAAAUGGGGUUAUGUUUGUGGCAAAAGUUACGAUCAGCAUACUGGGAGUGUCAUUUGUAACAUGUUAGGACUGCGAUUUCAGUCAAGUAGUUCAAGACAGUACAGUGACCGCAAACUUCCAGAAGUUGUUGAUCAACUCCAAUGUAAUGGGACAGAAUCACAUAUUAACAACUGCAAAUAUGAAAUACCGUUAUCGUGUUCAUCUCCAAGAUAUUAUGCUACAAUCCAGUGCAAAGAUUGUGGACGGCCUAGCGUUAUAAACGCUGCUGUUUCAUUAUAUAACUCAACGGACGCCAUAGCAAACUGUUUCAGUAGUUAUAAACCAGACGUUAUUUCACUGCAUUGCUUAGUAAAUGGAACUUGGGCAGCAGACACAAAAUGUUCAUUGCCGGAAGAUUAUCCGCUCAAUAUCACCGAUGUUCAGUUGAUCGGAGGAUACGGGCCUUAUGAAGGAAUUGUUCAGAUUAAAGUAAAUAACCAGUGGGGUUACAUUUGCGGCAAUAACUUUGAUCAAUCUGCUGGAAAUGUAAUAUGUCACAUGUUAGGAUAUGAGCUUUUAAAAACGCAGUCCACGUACCUCUCACGUUCAAAUAUGCCCGAAUACAUUGAUAGCAUCCAAUGUAAUGGAACAGAAACGCACAUCAAUGAUUGCAAUUAUGAAGUACCGCAUUCCUGUUCUUCUUCGAAUACUUAUUCUUACUAUGCAUAUGUUGAAUGUACAGGCUACCAACUUAAUAUAUCGGGCAUCAGAUUAGCAGGAAGUACCGGGCCAUAUCAGGGUCGUGUGGAAAUUGAAGUCAAUAACACAUGGGGAACUAUAUGCGAUUCUAAUUUCGGCCGCGAUGAAGCCAUGGUCAUUUGUAAGAUGCUUGGACUCAAUCUCUUCACCCAUUAUAACCGGGCCCAUUAUGGUCAAGGCAGCGGACCAGUGUAUAUUGCAAAACUUGAAUGCUCUAGCUCUCAUAAUCACAUCAACGAUUGCAAAUAUUUAACAGAACACAACUGUCAGCAUCAAAACGAUAUCUCUGUAGUUUGCUACGAUUAUCCGCUCAAUAUCACCGAUGUUCAGUUGAUCGGAGGAUACGGGCCUUAUGAAGGAAUUGUUCAGAUUAAAGUAAAUAACCAGUGGGGUUACAUUUGUGGCAGUAACUUUGAUCAAUCUGCUGGAAAUGUAAUAUGUCACAUGUUAGGAUAUAAGUUAGUGACAGCGCGAUCCAAAUAUCACUCAUCAAAUCUUCCAGAAUACGUUGAUAAUAUUCAAUGUAAUGGUACGGAAUCGCACAUCAAUAAUUGCAGUUAUGAAGUACCAACCUCAUGUUCUUCUCCGAACUCUUACUAUGCAUACGUUGAAUGUACAGGUUACCAGCUUAAUAUAUCGGGCAUCAGAUUAGCAGGAAGUACCGGGCCAUAUCAGGGUCGUGUUGAAAUUGAAGUCAAUAACACAUGGGGAACUAUAUGCGACUCGAAUUUUGGCCGCGAUGAAGCCAUGGUCAUUUGUAAGAUGCUUGGACUCAAGAGCUUCAUCCAAUAUAACCGGGCCCAUUAUGGUCAAGGCAGCGGACCAGUGUAUAUUGCAAAUCUUGAAUGCUCCAGCUCUCAUAAUCACAUCAACGAUUGCAAAUAUUUAACAGAACACAACUGUCAGCAUCAAAACGAUAUCUCUGUAGUUUGCUACGAUUAUCCGCUCAAUAUCACCGAUGUUCAGUUGAUCGAAGGAUACGGGCCUUAUGAAGGAAUUGUUCAGAUUAAAGUAAAUAACCAGUGGGGUUACAUUUGUGGCAAUAACUUUGAUCAAUCUGCUGGAAAUGUAAUAUGUCACAUGUUAGGAUAUAAGUUGCUGAGGACGCAAUCCAAAUACCACGUAGCACAUCUUCAAGAAUAUGUUGAUAAGAUUCAAUGUGAUGGAAAUGAAUCUCACAUCAAUAAUUGUAGUUAUGAAAUACCAUAUUCGUGUUCUCCAUCGAAUACUUAUUCUUACUAUGCAUAUGUAGAAUGUACAGGCUACCAACUUAAUAUAUCGGGCAUCAGAUUAGCAGGAAGUACCGGACCAUAUCAGGGUCGUGUGGAAAUUGAGGUUAAUAACACAUGGGGAACUAUUUGCGAUUCUUAUUUUGGUGGCAAUGAAGCGAUAGUCGUUUGUAAGAUGCUUGGACUCGAGAGCUACACAUAUUAUGGCAAUGCCUAUAAUGGCCAAGGCAGCGGACCAGUGUAUAUUUCAAAACUUCAAUGUUUAAGUUCUUUUAAUCAUAUCAACGAAUGCAAAUAUUUAACCGAACACAGCUGUCCCCACCGGAACGAUAUCUCUGUAGUCUGCUACGGUCCUAAACUUAACAUUACCGAAGCUCGUUUGUCUGAUGGUACAGGACCUUUUGAUGGUCGAGCUGAAAUUAAGGUCAAUGAUACAUGGGGUACUAUUUGUGACAACAACUUUAACAUAAACGAUGCUGAUACGUUUUGCAAGAUGCUUGAAAAGUAUGGUGAAGGAAGUGGUCCCGUACUCGUGGACGAGUUCUUUUGCAAUAGUAAUUACAACGAUCUCAAUGACUGUAAAUACCUGUUUCGUAACUCAUGUAAACACGACAGGGAUGUUUCGGUUGUUUGUAACGAAUGUGGACAACCAAGCAUAUAUUACUGGGAUGUUGGUUACUUUAGUUACAAUGGUACAAGUUUAUACGCUGAUUGUUCGUACUACAAGACAUACAUAGGGACUCUAAAAAUGACCUGUGAUAAUGAAUCAAAAACAUGGGUGACUGAAGGUCAAUGCAAGGAAUACACUUUUCCAUUGAAUAUAACGGACAUUCGAUUGACAGACGGAACUAAGUCCAGUAAUGGCCGAGUUGAACUAGAGGUAAUGGGCACAUGGGGAACAGUAUGUGAUAAUCAUUUUGGAAAACAUGAAGCUGAUACAAUUUGUCGGAUGAUUGGAUAUGCGCCUGCCUUUGAAGUUUAUUCUGGUGCUUACUUUGGAGAGGGAAAAGGUCCCAUCUUUGUUGAUGAUCUCAAAUGUUCACCGACUGCUUCUCAUUUAAACAAUUGUACAUACGUUACCUACGAUAAUUGUCAACAUUUAAAUGACGUGUCAGUCGUUUGUACAGAUUGUCAAAACCCAGUUCCAGCAAAUGGACAAAUUAACACUACUGAAACUGCAAAUGGGACAAUUGCUAAGAUAACGUGUGAUACUGGCUAUAAUUUGUUAGGAAAUGACAUUAUUACUUGCCAGUCAAAUGAAACAUGGACAGACUAUCCGUCAUGCAACGUAGUCGAUUGUGGAAUACCAUCGCCAGAUAAUGCAAAAGUCGCACUCUCAGAUAACAAAACAAUGUACGGUGAUGUAGCUGUUAUCAGCUGUAAUAUAGGUUACAGACCAGACGGAAGCACGCCUGUUUCUUGCUCAGCAAAUGGCACGUGGGGGUCAUGGCCCCCGUGCAAUAUCAUAGAUUGUGGUGAUCCAACACCUAAUAACGGUUAUAGAAAUUCCACCGUCACAAUUUACGGCUCAGUAGUAUCAAUAACAUGCGAUCAUGGAUUAAACAUCACAGGGAAUUCAACAAUUAUAUGUCAAGCUGACGCUACAUGGAGUGAUAACCCAGUUUGUGACGCUUCUGAUUGUGGUUUAUUGUCGGUACCAAACGGCAAAGUUAAUGCAUCUUCUGGUACAACAGUUGGAUCUUCAGCUUUUGUGACAUGUAACAAAGGUUAUAGUUUAGAAGGGCCACCCAUUGUUACAUGUAUGUUGGACGGAUGGAAUAGUAGCGUCACCUGCCAAAAGCAAGAUUGUGGUGAUCCAACACCAGAGAAUGGAGAAAGGGUUGACAACGGUGGAACUGACUUUGGCAGCAGUGCAACUAUACAAUGUAACACAGGGUAUGAAUUGAAAGGGAACAACAUUUUAACAUGUGACGACGGUGGUGUAUGGGGCGAUAAUCCGCUGUGUGAAAUUAAAGAUUGUGAACAACCUAAGCAUCUACCGGAAAAUGGGAAAUGGGAUGAUGCAAAAGGGACAAAGUACGAAGCGACAAUUACUUUUCUAUGCAAUGAAGGAUUUCUUCUUGUUGGGAAUACAUCGAUCAGCUGCCAAAACGAUGGAGAAUGGAGCUCAUUACCGCCUUUAUGCGUAGAAAAAUCAAAUAUAGGCGGUGCCUGUGUUACACGAGAUUAUUGUUAUACGGAAAAGGCCAAGUGUACCAAUCAAUUGUGUUCAUGUGUGUCUGGAAUACAUGAUAAAAAGGCAAAUAAAUGCGAUACAAUGCCACUGUUACCAUAUGGACUUAAACAUAAAGAUAAAGAAGUACCAAAAAGCAGCGUUUGUGGGGAGAAGAUUUUAUUUUCUCCGGGUAUUCCAAUGUUUGAUAGAAUACAUAAAGAGUUAUAUGUAUGUUCAAAUGGUAUUAUAAGCUUUGAUAGUAAAUAUACAAAUCCAACACCUCCGAGGAACAGAGACGGUGUUUCUGAGUUUGCUAAUAGAACACUUAUAGCACCAUUCCAUGCACCAAUCAAUUCAUCAUCGGGAUCUGUUUUCUUCCGCAUCUAUGACAUUCAAAACAAUUACAAAAUGAUGAAAGAAGAUAGGGAGUCUCCGUCUAGUUUGGUUACUUACCUAGAAGACAUAGUGACAACAUUUUGA